AUGGCGCAGGUACGGCUGUCAGCUACUCUCGGGUCGCGUGCUCUCCAAGUCUUCGCUAUGUGGUCCGCUCUAUUGCUGCUCCCUCUGGGAGCCACCUUCUCCUACCAGGCGCCCUUGUUGGAGGAGAGACAACAGACCAUCGCCUUCUCCGCCCCGUCCACUGUCCCGAGUAGCGCCAGCGAUGUCGUCGGCAAGGACUACCCAGCUCUCGCCAUGAGCGCGCACUCGUUCCAGGAGUACGCCGGCAACGCAUCCACCCCCAACACCUUCUCCGCCAACCUCAUCUCGAACAUCGGGAGUCGCACAGGCGCUCCUGUCCACAUUCGCGUGGGUGGUACCUCGGGCGACUUCUCCGUCUACGACCCCAAUCAGAAGGCCGCUUUCGCUCUGCCGCCCGGGUCCGCGCCUGGAAGCAUCCCGAGAGGUAUCACCAUGGGGCCAGCCUAUUUCGAGGGCUUCGCCAAUUUUCCUGGCGUCAAGUGGACCUACAUGGCCCAUCUCGCCAACGACAUGGAGACAAACUCCAUCCAGGCCACUCAAGAGGCUCUGAAGUACAUUGGUUCGAACCUGGAUGCCCUGGAAAUUGGCAACGAAAUCGAUCUGUACCCCAAAGACGCUCGUCCAGCGAGCUACAGUGUCGCCGACUACAUCUCAGAGUGGCAGCAGUUCUGGCAGGGUAUCACAAAAGCCGUUGGCAACAAGAACUUCCAGGCGCCCGUCUACGCCAACAACAACCCGCCUUGGAACAUUGCGAAUGCCUUCACCAGUGGCCAGGCUGCCAAGGGCUCCAUCACGUCGGCUGCCGUCCAUCACUACAUGGACGACACCGAUGUUCCAGUCAGCUCUGUCCAAGCAAACUACAUGAACCACACCCGCAUUGUCGACCAACUGAACCCUUUGAAGAUGCCAAUUGCCUGGCUCAAGCAAAACCGACCCGGCACUGGCCUCCACUUUGGCGAAGUCAACAGCAACACCUACAGCACCGGUAACUAUGAUGUACUGGGUACCUUUGGCAACACUCUGUGGCUUGUGGACUUCAUGUUGUACUCUGCUGCCAUUGGCUUCGAGCGCAUCAACGUACAGCAGAGCACUGGAUUCAGUUACACCUCCUGGCGAGGCGAGGCCUACAAUGGCUUGCCGGCUGCAGUCCUUCCACCAUACUACGCUCACCCAUUUGUUGCCGAUGUCCUCGGCAACGCUGGCGAUGUUCGCAUCUCGGACUUGAGCUUGGGUCUAGACACGUUCUCCGCCUACGGAAUCUACGACAAUGCCAGCGGAAAGCUCACCAAGAUUGUCCUGAUUAACCUCGAACGCUACGAUUCCACCUCGGGCGAGUCGAGGACCUACCAGAUGCCGAGAGUCAAUGUUGGCAACAACUACGCUAGCAACUUCACGAUGGAGUACCUCACCGCUCCCGGCGCGGAGGUCCAAGACGCUAGCAAGAUCUCUUGGAAGGGCGAGAGCUACACCUUCGCCAGCAACGGCAAGCCCGUUGUCGGACAAUCGACUACGACUACCUCGCAUGGGUGGAACGGCAUGAUCUGGGUACCGGUUUACCAGAGUCAAGCUGUUCUUGUCACGUUGUAA